GCGAUUAAUAUUGUGCACAUAGGGGCAGGUAUUGCAGGCGAACCUGUAGCAUUUCUGCCCCUUCCUCCACAAUCAGCACAUUGCCACAGGUUGGGCAGAAGAGCAGCAUGUUCUCACACAGCAACCUGAAACAGGAACUUCCGCCAAUACUUCAGUCAGCAGUCUCACGUGGUGACGUGUUUCCGCCCGUAGGUCAGCUUGGGGAUGUGCUUCCGGUGCUCGCUGUGUAUUAUGGACAGUUUAUCGUAGGAGGUUUCCAGUUAAGGACAUAUAAUCUGUAGUGGCAGGAAAUGGAUCUGAAAGUGAAAUAUGAGACUGAUUUGGACCAGCCAGGAGAUGCAAUUAAAGAAGAAGAUGUGGAGGAGGAGCUGCCACAUGCAGAAGUCAUAGACAUAUUCCAGGAAGGACUUGCAAUGUUAGUCCAGGACCCAUUAUUAUGUGACCUGCCCAUACAGGUUACAUUAGAAGAAAUAAAUUCCCAAAUUGCACUUGAAUUUGGUCAAGCAAUGACAGUCCGGGUUUGUAAGGCUGACGGCGAAGUGAUGCCUGUCGUUGUUGUCCAGAAUGCUACAGUUCUCGAUUUAAAACGAGCCAUUCAGCGAUUUGUUCAGCUGAAGCACCAGAGGGAAGGAGGGAUACAGCAUAUCAGCUGGAAAUAUGUCUGGAGAACCUACCAAUUGUCCUUUUCUGGAGAGAAGCUUGAAAAUGAAGAAAAAAGUCUUCGAGAAUAUGGUAUUAAAAACAGAGAUGAAGUGGUGUUCGUGAAGAAACUGAAAAAGAAAUAAUCAUCUGACUGCUUCAUGUAUCAAGAGCAUCCAGUGACAGAACCUCAGUGGUGGAUGUCGGGUCAUGAACAGCGCUGAUGUCUGCUGGCAGAUUAUUCGCAAUUGAUAUUUAUUAUAUAUUUUUUUUUUUUAAAGAUGUCACUUUCACAAUCUUGUAUAUUAAAAAUGCGGAACAUAUUUUUAAUUCUUUUAUGGAUGUGUAUUAUGAUCAGUUUUUAUGUUAUGAAUUCAAGAAUUCAACACUAGGGCACAGAGGCAUAAACAAGCUGAUCAAAAAGACGUAUGUACCCCAAAAUGAUACCAAUAAAAACUACAGCCUGUCUCACAAAAAACAAGCCCCCACACAGCUACAUUGGUGAAAAAAUAAAAAUGUUAUAGAUGUUAUAGUAUAUCGUGAUGCAAAAAGUAUGCUGAAAAAGUAGUAAAACCCAAAAAAACUAUACAUUUGGUAUCGUUAUAACCGUACAACCCACAGAAUAAAAUUAUAUAUUUACCGCAAGAGGAACUCCAUAAAAAACACUGACAGAAUUGACAUUUUUACCCACUUCACCUCCACAUUAUUAUUUUUUUUUUAAAGUGAUCAAAAGGAUACCAAUAAAAAUUACAGGCCAUCUAGCAAAAAACAAGCCCUAACACAGCUACAUUGGUGAAAGAAAAAAAUGUGAUGGUCCCUAAGAACAAUAUCAGCAAAUUACAUGUUAGAAAAUCCCAGAAGCCGCUCCUUCCCUUCUGAAUGCUGCUGUGUUUCCAAACAGCAGUUUACGACCACAUAUAGGCCCCUUUCACACGGGCGACUAUUCCGCGCGGAUGCGAGAG